AUGGAGAAGAGUCCAAAGACUUUUGUGAUCCUGCAGCCUGAUAAACAGACAUUCAGAGGAGAGACUGUCACUCUCAGAUGUCAAAUACAGGGAGAGAGAGACACUGACUGGGAAUACAGCUGGUAUAAGAAGAGUUCUUCACUCAGUUCUGUCAGUGAAGAUCAGGAAUACAGAAUCAGUCCUGUUUCUGAGUCCCACAGUAGUGAAUACACCUGUAGAGGAAAACGCAGAAGAGACUCACAGAACUCAGAGAUCAGUGAUGCUGUAACACUGACUGUGUCAUCAGGAUCAAAACCAAAACCUCAACUCACCUCCAGUCUUAAAGGAGCAGUACUGAGAGGAAACACAGUUACUCUGAGCUGUAAACUGGACCAGUCCAGAGGAUGGGUGUUUUACUGGUACAGACACACAAAGAACUCUUCAGAACUGACACAGACUGAUAAAGACUCCUACACAAUCAGUUCUGUUACAGACUCUGAUGGAGGACAGUACUGGUGCAGAGCUGAAAGAGGAAACCCAGUCUACUACACACAAUACAGUGAUGCAGUCUGGGUAAAUGUUACAGAGAGUCCAAAGGCUGUUGUGAUCCUGCAGCCUGAUAAACAGACAUUCAGAGGAGAGACUGUCACUCUCAGAUGUCAAAUACAGGGAGAGAGAGAUACUGACUGGGAGUACAGCUGGUAUAAGAAUAGUUCUUCACACAGUCCUGUCACUCAGUCUGAUGAAGACAAGAAACAUCAUGCUGGUGGUGUGGCAGGAGGCAAUCAGUCCAGCUGGGUUGCCGGGGUGGACGAUGUUAAUUUUGGAGGCGACAAGCCGGACCGACGUUGUGUUUACGCUCCCUGA